AUGGAGGCCAGUCUGACGUGCGCCGUGUGCCUGUCCCUCUUCGAGGAACCCGUGACGCUGCCCCUCUGCUCGCACAACUUCUGCCGGGACUGCGUGCUGGAGUGCUUGGCCUCGGCCGAGACCGCCCGCCUGCAGCAGCAACGGGGCCAGGGGCAGGCCCGCCUUUCCCGGGGGUUGCCGGGGCCGGGUGGUGGCGCGGCUGGCACGCGUGUGUCGUGCCCGCUGUGCAGGAAGCUGUGCCCGCUGCCCCGUGGCGGCGCCGCCGCGCUGCCCGUCAAUACCACCCUGGCGGAGGUGGUCAAGCUGUACCGCUCCGGCAUAGCCGGGGCUGCGAAGGCCGGGGAAGCGGAGCAGGGGCAGGGGGCAGUCUCGCUUUCCCCGCUGGCGCUCGGGGGAACCUGUCAGAAGCAUCCGGGCGGGCUGGUGCAGCUCUACUGCCGGAUGUGCCGCCAGGCGGGGUGCGGGCUGUGCGUCUCUGAGGAGCAUCAAGGUAGCUUCCACUCCGUCAACCUCAUCGAGACUGUGUACCAGGAGGAAAAAUUAACCUUCUUCAGCAGUCUGAAAAAAAUGAGAAUAAUAAAUGAGAAGCUGAUGAAUGAAAUCUCAAGUCAGCCAAAUGAUAUGGAGAUGGUGCUGAACAGUGAUGCAGAGGUAAUUGCACUGGAAUUUGGAGAAAUUUUCAAAACUCUGGAAAUGAAGAAACGGCAGUUGCUGGAAGAUGUUGAAAAUCAAAAAAGUAAAAAAGAGAAAGAAUUUCAGAUUUGGAAGAAAAUGAAGGAAAGUCAUAAGAAAACUAUUGAGAAUUUUUUGAAGGAUUGUGAAAAGCUUGUCCAUGAGUGUGAUCCUCAACGUUUCUUGGAGGUGGCCUGUGGCUUGAAUACAAGAAUGAAAACUCAGCUUGACCUGAUGAAUAUAGCAUCCAGCUAUGAAAAACCACCAGUGUAUACUCAAAAGAAGAUCAAUAUCAAACCUGUGGUUAAUGAAAUCUUGGCUUUGAAGUUCAUGUCCAUUAAUGAAGGCAUUGUUAAAGAUCUGCCUUCUGGAGGAAAUGAGAGCUCAACAAAAAUUGCUCUCUUUAAAAAUAACAUAAAGCAAUGGCAAGAGCAGAAGUAUGUACCCAAUGCAUUUCUUCCUGUAGCAGGACAGGAGGAAGCACUGGCAGAUGGUAGCAGGAUCUGUACCCGCUUAAUGUCGAUAUCAGAAAUGUCAGCAUUUCAAAACAUGAGUCAUGAGGAGUUACGUUACAAAUACUAUAUGGAACGGCAGAAGCUCACCAAUGAGUUCAAGACACAAACUUCACGUGCCAGCAAAAAGUACAAGUUCGUGACUGCUGAGGCUUCAAAGGAUAGGUCCUCAGGAAUUCUUUUGGUAUCUUCACCUGCUGAAGCAAAUAACACAGAUACAGUAAAAAUGGGUCCCCUGCAAAGAGCAGGUGCCUUUGAUGAGAGAAGCUUUUCUGGAGCCAGUAAUCAUAGCAUCCCAUCCACAAAUACGAACUUUUCUGCAACAAACGGUGACUUAAAGUUGUUUCAUGAGAGAUGUUCCCAGGAAGUAACUGCUCUAGUCUUAUCAGAAAACUCGAAAGACUUAGUAAUUGAAGAAAAAACACCAAUUCAGGCAUCAGCAGUUACUGUUUCCAACGAAAUGGCCAGAAAUUCUAGUGCUUCAUCUGGCUUAAAGCCAGCAGCAUCAGUGCCUGUUACUGUUUCAAAUUCAGAAAUUCUGGAUGUUUCUGGAGAGAGACUUUCUGCUUCACCUUUUGCUUUCAGUGCAUGUAACAAUUCAUUACCUAGAUUUAUGAGAGAUGCAGGUGCAUUUUCCUUUAAAAAGAAAACCAGGAAAUAUGUUUUCCCUCAGUUUUAUCUAGGAAAAUGCAAUCAUGCAGAUAAAACCGAUAACCAGGAUGAAAACAAAUUUAGAAAGCAUGGUCCUGUAACCAAACCCACAGUUUCUGAUGCUUCUGCAAGUUCUAAUUUAAUCUCAGCAGAAAGUGAGAAGCCAGCUGUUCCAUUUCUCUUUGGCAAUGCUGAAAGAGAUUGUUUUCCAGGAUUGGGAGUCAGCAAUUCACUUAAGGUUUUACCAUUUUCCUCAAUUUUUAGCCAAUCCAGGAAGCUGUCUGACAAAAGUACAUCAUCUCACAUGAGUGAUAAAACACCUUGCGCAAUAGAAACUGGAGAACAUUGUACACAGAAACCAUCUGUCUCAUGGGAACACAAGGGUGGUACCUCAGAAUCCAUCACAACUGUAGCUUGCAGUACUUCAGAAACCACCACUGCACCUGGGGUGAAUGAUGUCUCCGAUUCCACACUUGUCCCCAGUAACAGUGUGUUUUCCUUCAAUAGUACCUGUUUUCAGUUUGCUGCACCAGUAUUUUCUUUUGGAAAUACUGUCAGAAAUACCUCUGAUUCACUAACUUCCUCUGUGUGUUUGUCAGGAAAUGCUACUGAAAAAAAGGAAAAAGAGAAAGUGACAUCUCUGAACAAAACACCUUUAAAUCUAGGGAAGUUUGCAUCUUCAGAGUGUUCAGAAUCUGCUUCUAGACAUAGUCAUCCCAAAUGUGAAGGAUCCUUCUUGCAUGUGAACUCACCUAAGAAAAUGGGAAGUGCAGAAAUGCCUGCUGAUAGUAAUUCUUGUAGUCAGCCUUUAUGUUCCAUUGUCUUUCCUGUUAAAUAUGAGAAUGCAUCUUCUACUGAACUUAAUACAGUAACAAAACAAGAAAUAAAAGAUGAAGAAAGUGAAACUGUUGCUGAAAACACUUUGUGUCCUAAGAGGGAAGAACCUGAGUCUGUACAGUUUCAGAAUGCAGCUUGUUCUGUAUCUGGCAUGUGCAAUGAUCUGUGUUCUGGAGGCUCUGUGCUUAAGGUAAACGAAGCAGGAGGAAUGCCAAGUGACAGUGAUUCUGACACUGAAGAGCUAAGUCAAACAUCUGUCUCUACUGAUACCAGCAGUUCAUCAGAGUAUUUUUCUGUUGCUGAAGACAAAAUAUCUGCUAGAAGAAAAUCAGAAACAUGAAGAGACAGUGAAAUGGAAGAUAUCUGUGACUUCAGAACUACUUUCCCUGAUUCUUGUCAAUUGAAAUAUCUCUGUUAGAAACAACUGCUUAUCAGCAAGUACAGUGUACUAAGGUGAUUUUUAUAGUGCAAACCCAAAUGGAAGAGACAACCAAAAAUGUCGUAUCUUGGUAAAGACUUACGUAUGACUGUGUAUACUGUAUCUUUAAGAAUGGUGUCUUUCUGAGAUGUGCCACUGGGCUAUGUGAGGGUGAUGGGGGCCUGAGGUGUCUGGGAAAGCAGGUUCAAUGAAACUUCAUAAACAGGAAGCGGUAUUGCUGUACUGGUACCACAUGGCAGCACCAUUGCUAGGGUUAUAUCAGUAAGACAACAGCAUUCACCUCACGUGCAGGCAGGGAGGGAGGACAGCCACAGGGAACAAAAGGAUGUUAAAGGGCGUUGCAGAAAAUUGGUUUGCAUAUAUCCCUUUGGCUGUUUUUCUAUGAUGUAUUUAAUGUAUAUUGAAGAUGCAGUUUCCAGUGCAAUUUCAAUAAUUUCUCUUCUGCUUUUGAAAUUGAAAUACCACAUCAAUGUUCUUGUUACACACAAUAGAAGGGUGUCAGACUGCCUUUAUGAAACUCUUCUUUAUGAAAAGUAACCAUCACUAUAACUGAUACUUGGUUCCUUUUGGCCACAGUUUGGGCAUCAGUGGACAGAAAUUAACUUGCUGUUUUGAUAAAAGUGUUAGGAGAAUCUAGUUUUUACAACAAAAAAUAUCCCCUUUUGAAAACUUGUGUAACAGGAAAACAGCACCGUGCACUCUAAGUAUUAAUGAUCCAAAACUCAUUGACUAUGAAAUUUAAUACAAAGUGAGGAAAAAACCCAUCUUCUCUAAUUAACCAUUUUGUUGCAUCCAAGAGAUAACUGCUCUCUCUAAGAGAAUAUGCAGAUAGUAUUGGAGAUUACAGCUCUAUUUUGGUUAUCAUCUACUCUCCAGCAAGAUUUUAAAGAACUCAAUCCUGCAUUAGGAGAGUAAACUGCCAGGUAUUAGAUCAGAAUGCAUAAUGUUUAAUAUCCCCACUGGCAGCUACCCAGCCAUCUUUAAAAAAAAUUCCAACUGCUCCUCAUAAGUUAUUAAAAAUAAAUAAAUAGAUUUCUGGAAGGUUUACUAAUACUGUAACAGAAUACUUAAAUACCAUUCUUGGUUUAGGAAACAUUGACCAAAUUUUAAGUUGGUUUGCAUUAAAUUCUUUGCUCCAGUUUUUCUGUGGGAAUGCAUUACUUUAUUAAAUGUGUGAAAAAUAGUUUCUGGAGUUUAUAAAACUUACUCAUCUUCCCUGCACAUCUGCAUUAUAAUAAGGAAGGUGAUGGAAAUUCUCUUUGUUAUUAGUUUCAUGGUUCUUUAUGUUUGUCUCACUAUAUUUCAGUUUUUUCCUGAAAAUUAUUUUUUUAUCUCUAGACAUGUUCUUCUGCAGGUGUGGGAGAGAAGUGUUAAAAAGGGUAUAAAGUUACAUUACUGAAGGACAAAAGCUGAGUGUGAUGGUAAUGACAAAGAGCGUGAUGGGUGGAAGCUGGUGUCGCUAUAAGGACAGCAAGAGAAAUGGAAUAAUUUUAGAGAGAUGCCAAGCACCUAUAAAACUUGCUGCAAGAGGGCUGUAGAAAAUGUUUUCUGCUACAGUGGUACAAAAAAGUAAUUCUUAAUGAGCUAGGGUUACUAAUAAACACUGUUGAAUUUCUUUAAAUUGCUUAUCUUCAGUGUAUCUUCUGUUAAUUUCUAUUUCAGUGUUUCACAAGCGUUUGAUAAAGUUACUCUGUCUUUUAGUGAAAAGACACUAUUGUAGAAUAACAAAUAAAGAGAGUGUGAGGCACUGGUUUUGAAAGCAGAAAUUGUUGGUGUGUGGGUUCAAUACAGCAGCUUUUCAAGCAUUGCAAGUUGCUGUCCAAA